CUUAAUUCAACUAGCCGGUUUCCGGUUCAUCUCUGUCUCAGUAGCUACCUGGAUGUGACUGAUAAUCAGAGCAAUUCCCUCUGCAAGUUGUGGGGUUCUUUUCAUCCAUAAAUUACCUUUCCAGCUCCAGCUCCAUCCAGCUUCAGCUUUCCGUCCAUCCUCUAAACCCAUUCUGUCCUCAAUCGCAUCAUGGCCUCCAACGAGAUGGAAUAUGUCCGCCUGGGCAACUCAGGCCUGAAGAUCUCCAAGAUCAUUCUAGGCACCAUGUCUUAUGGCGCUCGCCAGUGGCAAGACUGGGUGUUGGACGAGGAGGAAGCCCUCCCGUUGAUCGAGCACGCCUACAAGCGAGGGAUCAACACCUGGGAUACGGCCGACGUUUACUCGCACGGUCGUUCCGAGGAAGUCAUCGGCAAGGCCCUGAAGAAGUUCAACAUUCCCCGUAACCGCGUGGUCAUCUUGACCAAGUGCUUCUUCGGCGUCGAUGACCAGGGCAACUUCCCCUCGAUCGCCGCGUCCGGUCGUAACGAUGGCGAAUUCACCAAUCGGGUUGGCCUGUCCCGCAAACAUAUCUUCGAUGCUGUCGAUGCCAGUGUCGAGAGACUUGGGACCUACAUCGAUGUGCUGCAGAUCCACCGGUUGGAUCGCGAUACUCCUCGUGAAGAAAUCAUGAGGGCUUUGAACGAUGUGAUCGAGAGUGGAAAGGUCAGGUACAUUGGAGCUAGCACGAUGGCCGCCUGGGAGUUCCAAACUCUCCAAAACAUCGCCGCCCGCAACGGCUGGCACCAGUUCAUCUCCAUGCAGAACUACCACAACCUGAUCGCCCGAGAAGAAGAGCGCGAGAUGAUCCCCUACUGCCAGGACACCGGGGUGGGCCUGAUCCCCUGGUCGCCCAUGGCUCGAGGCGUGCUCGCCCGGCCAUGGGGCUCCCGGUCGACGACCCGUGAGGCGACCGACGGCGCGUUGAAGUUCCUGAUCCGCAGUCGCGAGAGCGAAGCCGACAAGGCCAUCGUCGACCGGGUCGAGGAGAUUGCCAAGAAGAAGGGUGUCAGCAUGGCGCAGGUGGCCAUCGCUUGGUCGCUGAGCCACCCCAACGAGAACCCGAUCCUGGGCCUGAACAACAAGGAUCGCAUUGACGAGGCCGUCGCCAGUAUCAAGGUCAAGUUGACCGACGAGGAGAUCCAGUAUCUGGAGGAACCGUAUAUCCCUAAGACGAUUUCUUCUCUGGAGCGGUAAGGACGUUAUCGCUACUUGAUGCCUUGCCUACCAUAAGUAUGUAUCUAUCCCUAUCUCCCUCAUUCGUCUGUAUGAAUCUACACCGACCCACGUCUACAACACAACACCAAUAGAAAGAAUAUAUUCU